AUGGCUCCAACUGCAAUCCAACCCGAGACCACCAUGGCUAUCCAGCCAAAGACGUCCUCCCACGGCCAUGAACUCAAAGACAAAACCCCUCUGCAAGCUAUGUCCCACGGCUCAGUCGUCCUCCAAGGAAUCCCCAAACAUCCAGACUUUUCAUCUCACCGCAAAUGGCAACUCGAACAUCUAGCCGCCGCAUUCCGCCACUGGCAUCGUGAAGGCUACGUCGAAGGCAUGAGCGGACACAUUUCCGUCCGCGAUCCCGAAUUUCCCAAUGCCUUCUGGACGAAUCCUCUAGGCAGACAUUUCGGCUUGUUAAAAGUCAGCGAUAUGAUUCUUGUCAAUCUAGAUGGAGAAGUCAUUGGCGGGAAUAGAACACGACCACCGAACUCGGCGGGCUUCUUGAUCCAUGCUAGUAUUCACAAGGCUAGAGAGGAUGUACAUGCUAUUUGUCAUUCACACAGUAUCUACGGCAAAGCGUACUCUGUCUUUGGAAAAAGACUAGAGAUGCUUACUCAGGAUGCUUGUAAAUUCCGAGGAGACGCGCACAGCGUGUAUGACGCCUAUGGUGGUGUCGUGCUGGGCAGUGAAGAAGGAGAGCGCAUAGCCGCAGCAAUGGGACCCAAGGGUAAAGGCUGCAUUCUUAGGAACCAUGGCAUUCUGACAGUUGGUCAAACGGUGGAUGAAGCUGCUUGGCUGUAUACUUCUAUGGAGAAUAGCUGUCGGGUGCAAUUGCUUGCUGAUGCUGCGGGGGGCAAGAAGGUGCUUAUUGAGGAUGAGGAGGCUGAUUUUAAUUUUGAUGUUGAGAGUGAUCCUGAGAUUUGUUAUUGUGAGUUUCAGGUUUAUUAUGAGUUGGAGGAGGAGAUGAAUCCGGAUUUCAAGAACUAG